UAAAGCGGUUUCAUUAUAGUGAAGUUUGUUAAGUUUGGAAUAUGUGGCGUGUGCUAUUGCUGCAGUGCGUAAUUCUCAGCAGUUCGGUCCUGGCUUUAAGUCAUAAAGGAAAUGAAACUUCUGGUCAAAUGCCCACUUCCCAGUGGAGUCCGCGGAGUCUGGGAAGGAUUAUAGCCCAUUGCCUGGGUGGCUUGGAGGUGUGGGAGUGUUUGGGCUCCGAAAGCGAGAGAUUGCUGGAUGGUGCCACUAAGGAUAACAGCACCUGGCAGAUCAGCGAUUAUCUAAGCAUUGAACCACAGGCCGGAUUUAACAGUCAAGAAAGGAGGCGGAUGGAUGCUGGCUUACCCGGAAAAUUGCUGGAGUUGGUCCAGGGAAGAGCUCUACGAAUUCAGCUACCACGGCAGUUGACCAUUUCGAAUGCCAUCGAUGACUUUGGCAGCGAACUGGGCCUCGAUCAAGGUCGCAAAAAGAAGGACAAAGACAAGCACAUGGCUAUGAUGGGCGGCAUGAUCAUGGUGGCCACCCUGGCCCAAAUGUUCCUGGGCAAGGUCAUCCUCAUCGCCGGCUCCGCCUUCAUUAUGGCCAAGAUCGCCUUGGUCAUCUCGCUGCUGGGCAGUCUAAAAAAGGGUUCGACUGGACACAGUGGUAGUGGCGGCGGUGGUGGCACGGAGCACGUGGUGGUCCACUCGAGCCACGAGAGCGGCUGGCACCGCAGCAUGCCCACCCACGACUACGCCUCCUCGCAGCUGGAGCAGGUGGAGGAGCCCCCGCUGGGCAACCAGAUGGAGUUCUACCAGGCCUACCAGAUGGAGCCCCUGAAGCGGCGCCUGCAUCAGGUGGAGAUCGCCCCACAGCAGCCACGCCCAGAGGCCACCAAACCCACUCGGGGUUUUCUUUAGACAUUAGGAUAAGACUCAAAGUGUGUCCAUAUCAUCACGCACUGUACCCAUCCAUACAUAAACAUAACAAACAUUUGGUUAAACUAAGAUGAUCCUUUUGUUAUUGCUUAUAAAUUGACCUACAAAUUUCACA